CGGGCUGAGCUGAGGAGCAGUUGAGAGGCAUCAAAAGUUGUCUGGCUUUUUAUUUUUCCAAGAAAUUUUCUGCAACGCAAAAGAAAAAAAAAAACAGAGAGAGAUGGAGCAGACCGAAGUAGUGAAGCCACAAACUCUGGACGACCUGAUUAAGAUCCUGCACAAGAUCUUCGAAAGUGACUCCAUCAAUGUGGAGGAGGUCCAGCACAUCAUGGAAUCCUAUGAGAGCAACCCUCAGGACUGGAAGCACUUCGCAAAGUUUGACCAGUACAGAUACACGAGGAACCUGGUGGACGAGGGCAACGGGAAGUUCAACCUCAUCAUCCUCUGUUGGGGUGAAGGCCACGGCAGUAGCAUCCACGACCACACAGACUCCCAUUGUUUCAUGAAGCUGCUGCAGGGUCAGCUGAAGGAAACGCUGUUCGAGUGGCCCGACGGGAAACAAAAGGGAGACAUGGUCCAGAAGUCGCAGAGAAUCCUGCAGGAGAACAAGGUGGCUUACAUAAAUGACUCCAUCGGUCUGCAUCGUGUGGAGAACGGCAGCCACACAGAGGGCGCAGUGAGCUUGCACCUGUACAGUCCCCCCUUCGACUUCUGCCAGACCUUUGACCAGCGGACGGGCCACAAGAACACCGUCAAGAUGACCUUCUGGAGCAAAUACGGAGAAAGGACUCCAUUUGAGACCACGGUUUCACAAGAGAACAACUAAAAGGUCGCCGCCCGAGGAGGCUGGAGAUGGUCAAGACGCUUGUAUUUAAAAAAAUGACAUUGCUAUAAAAUUGAUUGAAGGGAAACUGCUGGGGGAGGCGAAAUUUGGACCUAAGCAUUAAAAAAAAAAAAAAAAUCAAGAGCGGGCUGGUUCAAAAGGACAACCCAGUAAUUAGAAUGGCUUUAUCGCUGCCCAGUGUGAGCUUGGCAAAUACUGAUGAGCACAGGACGAAUGCAUGAAUAGGCUUGGACAUGGAUUGAAUCUGCCCUUUGUUUGGUGGGCCUGAGGAGACCCUUUCCCAAUAACAACAUUCCUGUCUAUCCACGACCUGUGUAACCACACUUUUGUAAAGUUAUGGCCCAUAGUCAGAAGAGUUUUAACAUUUGAAAAAAAGAAGGGGGGAAAUAUCGCUGUUCUAGUGUUUCUCUUAAAUUUUAUAUUUCAAGGAAGCAGUUCUGCAAUCAACAGUUCUGCUCUGAGUUCUUUUAUAGCUGUAUUUACUGUUGAUUUAUACCACUCAAAAUUGUCUAAACGCCUGUUGAAAAUUGUCAUGGAAUGUAACGUUGUUUGUACAGUCGAACUAAAAGGAGCAAAAAAAAAAAAAGAAAAAAAAAGUUUGUUCCAUUUGGAAAUGUAAAGCUUUAGAGUUGUGUUGUUUUUAAAAAAAAGUGCGAUGCUUGUAAUUUAUUUGCGGAGUAUCCCGUUUGCCGACGGCUCCCAAAUGUGUUCAUUUUAAAAGUUCUGACCCGGAGAUGUUUUGUGGGGAGGGGAAUCUUUUGUAUUAUUAGCAGGCAAUAUGUUUAGAUGGAACUCAUACUUUUUCUCAGGAUUUUGGCAUAUUUUGAUUGUAGUUGUAUUUAUAUAGUCUGUAGCUUCACAGCGUAGCACCUCUCAUUAGCACUGUCAGACCCACGCAUGACCUCUGUAAUGCAGUAAACGAUAAAUCUGGCCAUAACUGUAGACCAUUAAACACCAUUAUUCUUUCACAUAA